CCCGCCCGUAGAGCCGCCGAGAGGAACCGGCGGGCGCGCGCGCUCCUGGGACUCGGCCGUCGGGUACCGGGUCGCGCUGCCGCCUCUAGUCACCGCCCGGAGAACCCUCCCUGCUGGUACUCGAGUUGACUGCAUCUUAUUCUCCGACCUUCUCCCUGAGGUGAAGACGGCUAAUGAUUCCCGUGAAAGGUGAAGGAGAGAAGCGAAGUAGGGAGCGUGAGGGACCGGGUCACCGUGAUCUUCGUCGCCGGCCGGAGCGCCUGGCUCCUGGACCCUUGAUGCAGUUAGUUCCCUGGUCCCCCGUCCGCUUGCCCUGAGCUCUCUCAGUUCUCAGCUCAGUUCUCUUCAGGUUUUCUCUGUCAGCAGGUGCUUGGGUCGGACGUCCCCACCGAAAACAAAAUACCUGAAGAUUCUCCGGCUCAUUUGAAAAGACAGUUACAUGAGGUCAACCACAAUCUGGAAGCGGAUGAUCCUUCUUCUGAUAAAUCAUCAAGGGGUCAAUAGUGGCCUAAUGCUAUGUCACAAUGCCUGUGUCAUUCACUUCACUUCAUCUCAUCACUAGGCAUUUUAUCAUCUCACAUCAAAAGAAGGGUAUCCAGAAACCCAUGAAAUUCAACUGUCUUGUAAAGUUAAAGCUCCUUUAAAAAAAGUUACCAGAUCAUUUGAAAUUGAUGCCUGUGAAAGAUCCAGAUAGUAUGCUUCUGAUUCACAUACCCUAAAUGUGAAAGAGUCCUGGACUUUUUGAACUCUUCAGGUGAAACUGAACUCUGCUUUUGGUGACAAUGUAACUUCAUAGACAAGAAUGAUUACUCUCUCUGUUAGAUCAAAAUUGAGGGUUAAGGUGAGAAAACUGAUGCCCACAGAAAUGAAGUUAAUUGCCAUGGUCACCCAACCGGAUCUUUGUUCAAGACAAAUCAUAAGCUCCUGACUGACAACGGCCAAUUUCAUUAAUCUGUCCUGAUUGUUUUCCAAUGGAGACUACAUACAGCACGAAAGCACCAGCCUAUAAGCCAGCAAGAGGAUGUUCACCAGGACCUGACUGUGUAGGCCUCCAGAAAGUGUUUAAAAAUAUAGUUUAAAGGAUCAACAAACCUCUCUUUUCCAAAAUCUCAUGCCUGGUGAAGAAAGCAUUACUGCAGAAUAAAUCAGUUACUAUUGAUUUCAAGGACCAGAAUUCUUCAGAGGAAAAAGAAGCCAAGCUCGCGCGGCCGGACAUUGUGGGUGUGCGCGCUGGAUUUCUCCCGGAUGCUCCCCGACUAACAUGGAUGUCCCGCCAUCCCUUGCAGUGGAAGGUUGCUCCUUGGCGCAGUGAGUGAGGAACAUGCAGCGAUUGCUAAUGGGUCUGGGACGCGGAGGCUCCUUCCUCUGUCUGUGACCAUGCCGUGAUCGUGCCCGCGGCCGCCACUCCACGCAUCCUCGUUCCUACCCGAGCCGGGAGCCUAACGCCAGAUCGGGGAAGUGGGUGCCGCGCGUGUGGACACGGAAACACCAUGAAGAUUAUUUCCCCGAUUCUAAGUCAUCCAGUCUUCAGGCGCACCAUUAAACUCCUGCUGUGCUUACUGUGGAUUGGAUAUUCCCAAGGAACCACACAUGUGUUAAGAUUUGGUGGCAUUUUUGAAUAUGUGGAAUCUGGCCCAAUGGGAGCUGAAGAACUUGCAUUCAGAUUUGCUGUGAACACAAUCAACAGAAAUAGAACGUUGUUGCCCAAUACCACUUUAACUUAUGACACCCAGAAGAUAAACCUCUAUGAUAGUUUUGAAGCAUCCAAGAAAGCCUGUGAUCAGCUGUCUCUUGGGGUGGCUGCCAUCUUUGGGCCUUCGCACAGUUCUUCAGCAAAUGCUGUGCAAUCCAUCUGCAACGCACUGGGGGUUCCCCACAUACAGACCCGCUGGAAGCACCAGGUGUCAGACAACAAAGAUUCCUUCUAUGUCAGUCUUUACCCAGACUUCUCUUCACUCAGCCGUGCCAUUUUGGAUUUGGUGCAGUUCUUCAAGUGGAAAACUGUCACAGUUGUGUAUGAUGACAGCACGGGUCUCAUUCGUUUGCAGGAGCUCAUCAAAGCUCCAUCAAGGUACAAUCUUCGGCUUAAAAUCCGUCAACUACCUGCUGAUACAAAGGAUGCAAAACCCUUACUAAAGGAAAUGAAGAGAGGCAAGGAGUUCCAUGUAAUCUUUGACUGUAGCCAUGAAAUGGCAGCAGGCAUUUUGAAACAGGCAUUAGCUAUGGGAAUGAUGACAGAGUACUAUCAUUAUAUCUUUACGACUCUGGAUCUCUUUGCUCUUGAUGUAGAGCCCUACCGAUACAGUGGUGUUAAUAUGACAGGGUUCAGAAUAUUAAAUACAGAGAAUACUCAAGUAUCCUCCAUCAUUGAAAAGUGGUCGAUGGAACGGUUGCAAGCACCUCCGAAACCCGAUUCAGGUUUGCUGGAUGGAUUUAUGACGACUGAUGCUGCUCUAAUGUAUGAUGCCGUGCACGUGGUGUCUGUGGGCGUCCAACAGUUUCCCCAGAUGACAGUCAGUUCCUUACAGUGUAAUAGACACAAACCCUGGCGCUUCGGGACCCGUUUUAUGAGCCUAAUUAAAGAGGCACACUGGGAAGGUCUCACAGGCAGAAUAACUUUCAACAAAACCAAUGGCUUACGAACAGAUUUUGAUUUGGAUGUGAUCAGCCUCAAGGAAGAAGGUUUGGAAAAGAUUGGAACUUGGGAUCCAGCCAGUGGCCUGAAUAUGACAGAAAGUCAAAAGGGAAAGCCAGCCAACAUCACAGAUUCCUUAUCCAAUCGUUCUUUAAUCGUUACCACCAUUUUGGAAGAACCCUAUGUCCUAUUUAAGAAGUCUGACAAGCCUCUCUAUGGGAAUGAUCGAUUUGAGGGCUACUGCAUUGACCUCCUCAGAGAGUUAUCUACAAUCCUUGGCUUUACAUAUGAAAUUAGACUUGUGGAGGAUGGGAAAUAUGGAGCGCAGGAUGAUGCCAAUGGACAAUGGAAUGGAAUGGUCCGUGAACUGAUUGAUCAUAAAGCUGACCUUGCAGUUGCUCCACUGGCUAUUACCUAUGUUCGAGAGAAGGUCAUCGACUUUUCCAAGCCCUUUAUGACACUUGGAAUAAGUAUUUUGUACCGCAAGCCCAAUGGUACAAACCCAGGCGUCUUCUCCUUCCUGAAUCCUCUCUCCCCUGAUAUCUGGAUGUAUAUUCUGCUGGCUUACUUGGGUGUCAGUUGUGUGCUCUUUGUCAUAGCCAGGUUUAGUCCCUAUGAGUGGUAUAAUCCACACCCUUGCAAUCCUGACUCAGACGUGGUGGAAAACAAUUUUACCUUGCUAAAUAGUUUCUGGUUUGGAGUUGGAGCUCUCAUGCAGCAAGGUUCUGAGCUCAUGCCCAAAGCGCUCUCCACCAGGAUAGUGGGAGGCAUUUGGUGGUUUUUCACACUUAUCAUCAUUUCUUCGUAUACUGCUAACUUAGCCGCCUUUCUGACAGUGGAACGCAUGGAAUCCCCUAUUGAUUCUGCUGAUGAUUUAGCUAAACAAACCAAGAUAGAGUACGGUGCUGUGGAGGACGGUGCAACCAUGACGUUUUUCAAGAAAUCAAAAAUAUCUACGUAUGACAAAAUGUGGGCCUUCAUGAGUAGCAGGAGGCAAUCAGUACUCGUCAAAAGUAAUGAAGAAGGAAUCCAGAGAGUCCUCACCUCUGAUUAUGCUUUCCUAAUGGAGUCAACAACAAUUGAGUUUGUUACCCAGCGGAACUGUAACCUGACACAGAUCGGCGGCCUUAUAGACUCCAAAGGUUAUGGCGUUGGCACCCCCAUGGGUUCUCCAUAUAGAGACAAAAUCACCAUAGCAAUUCUUCAGCUGCAAGAGGAAGGCAAGCUGCACAUGAUGAAGGAGAAGUGGUGGAGGGGCAAUGGUUGUCCAGAGGAGGAGAGCAAAGAGGCCAGUGCCCUGGGGGUUCAAAAUAUUGGUGGCAUCUUCAUUGUUCUGGCAGCCGGCUUGGUGCUCUCAGUUUUUGUGGCAGUGGGAGAGUUUUUAUACAAAUCCAAAAAAAACGCUCAAUUGGAAAAGAGGUCCUUCUGUAGCGCCAUGGUAGAAGAGCUGAGGAUGUCCUUGAAGUGCCAGCGUCGGUUAAAACACAAGCCACAGGCCCCCGUUAUUGUGAAAACAGAAGAAGUUAUCAACAUGCACACAUUUAACGACAGAAGGUUGCCAGGUAAAGAAACCAUGGCAUAAAGCUGGGAGGCCAGACACCCAAGCACAAACUGUCGUCUUUUUUCCAAACAAUUUAGCGAGAAUGUUUCCUGUGGAAAUAUGCAACCUGUGCAAAAUAAAAUGAGUUACCUCAUGCCGCUGUGUCUAUGAACUAGAGACUCUGUGAUCUAAGCAGUUGCAAUGAUCAGACUUGAUUUACAAGCAUCAUGGAUCAACCAAGUUACACUGGGUUACACUGUUUAUCAUGGGUUCCUCCCUUCUUUUGAGUGAAUGUUACAUGCGCAUUUUGUGGCUGGUUUCAAAUGCAGUCCAGUAAGAAAUUACAGGUUCCUUUUGAAGUCCAACUGUUGCCAGGAGGUGGAGUAUCGAUGCCCCCAAGGGUAACCAGUAAAAAAAAAAAAAAAAUCAUUAAGAAUAAGAAUACUUGGAAUCAGCAAAAACUGUAGUGAAACAGUACAGUCCUUUGACACCCAGAUAAUAGAGGUGGUGAUGUUACUGGCCCCCAACUACUCAGUAUAAUGAUCAUCUGAAUAGACGAUAUGUGUUUAUAGGAUGUGAAAAAAAUGUAAUGCAAAACAAAUCUGAAUAUCAUGGCAAGUGGAAUAUAAAGCAGAUAUUCAUCAGUGUUUUUCUUUCUUUCUUUCUUUUGACAGUCUAUGUCACUGAUUGAGAUAGAAAUGUCAAUUACCAAGGCAAUAAUGUUUUUCUUAAAUUGACUAAGGCAGGAGAUUUAACAUAUGACUCUACCAGAACCCUACCUAUCCCCUUACACCUUUUCCCCAACCCUGUACCAAGAAUAAUAAUAAUAAAAAAGCAACAGUUGGUUCAGAGAUUCUGAAUUAAAAAGGAUGAUGUUUUGCAAUCUUUGUUUUAAGUUGAAAAAGAGGGCUGAGUAUUGAUGGUUAUGUGGAAGAUGGAAGCUUUCAUUCUAACAUUCAGAGAUGUUAACUUAAACCCUCGUUCCUGCUAUAAAUGAACUUGAUGGAGCCUGGGCAGAUCCCGGUGAAAGGAGAAAGGGGACUGGUCAUCUAUAGAAAAGUGUGUGGAGAACUUUGAAGUGGACUGCGUUUAUCAAUACAGUCACAAUGUUAAAUGAACAAAAUUCUUGAGCAGUUUUUUUCAAAAAAAUGUUCAGGUUUAUUUGUGGAAAUGCAAGAUUUCUAUGAAAAUAGUUUUUGUAUGGAAAUUUUUGUAAUACUUUUUAUCAACAAAAUAAGAACAUGUGUUCCUGUCAGGGGUGUGAUGUCAAGCAUGAAUGGUAGUGCGUGUGCACCACCAACGUUUGGUGAAAACUAUUUUUAUCAAGAAAAAAAGGAAUCAUAGAAGAGAAAUAUUUUCAAGUUAGAUAAUAUAAAAGCUAGGUGCACUACCACCACUGCUUACCAUGCCACACCCCUGGUUUCCACGAGGCUGAUAACAUACUGUAAUGAACAAUUGUGUGUAAAAUGGUAAAAGACACAGACCUCUUGACAACAUUGUGAUAACAGUUGAGUGCACACAGUUUGCUGUUUGAAUCCAAUGCACAAAAUUAAAAAAAAAUCAUUAAAA